AUGGCCACAAACAAGCUGAUGCCGCCCUUCGUUCUCACCCCAUCCCAGGGAGUAAACAUGUCGCAGACUUCAGCGGCAGGCUUUGUUUCGAGGCUUGCUUCUGGAAACAGCCGCCUCUGGUCUACUUGGGACGGCACCAAGCCCACCUUCUAUUUUCCGCCCAUCACGAUUUCGCGAUACCUCGCCGACGACCAAGCCUUCCUCGUCACUGGCGGCCAAAAAGUGUGA